UACCAAUUUCGAGUGACGGAGGAGGAAAAUAAGAUUUGGGCUUCGAAGUUCAGUGAACUAAGUGUGAUUUUGGGAGAAAAUGGAGUAAAUUAUCCCUGCAAGAAAUCCAUCGUAAACAGGUUUUCAAAGAGGAAAAAGAAGAAGGUUAUGAGGAACAUUACUUAUACUGAAACCAAAGGGCACACGAGUUGGCUGUGAUCUGCCUCCGAGCCCUCCGUCUCUUCCUAUCAUUGGUCAUCUUCACCAUCUCCUCUCUUCUCUAACUCACAAGUCUUUACAAAAACUCUCCUCCAAGUAUGGACCUUUCCUCCAUCUCCGGAUCUUUAGUGUUCCCAUCAUCCUUGUCUCAUCUGCUUCAGUGGCAUAUGAGAUCUUUAAGGCCCACGAUGUGAACGUCUCAUCUCGUGGUGCUGCUGCGAUCGAUGAGUCCCUCUUGUUUGGAUCUUCUAGCUUCAUUUACGCUCCCUAUGGAGAUUACUGGAAGUUCAUGAAGAAGAUCUUCGCCACUAAGCUGCUCCGACCACAGGUGCUGGAGAAUUCACGUGGUGUUCGUGCUGAAGAGUUAAAGCGGUUUUACAGGAGAAUUCUCGAUAAGGCGAGGAAGAAUGAGAACAUCGAGAUCAGUAAGGAAUCGGCGAUGCUCAUGAACAACAUCUUAUGCAGGAUGAGCAUGGGAAGGAGUUUUUCAGAGGAAAAUGGUGAGGCAGAGAGAGUCAGGGGCCUGGUGGGUGAAUCAUAUGCCUUGGUGAAGAAGAUUUUCUUCGCAGCUACAUUGCGCAGACUGCUUGAGAAGCUUCGGAUCCCACUAUUCAGGAAGGAGAUAAUGGGUGUGUCCGACAGAUUUGAUGAGCUGCUAGAGAGGAUUAUUGUGGAACACAAAGACAAACUUGAAAAGGAGCAUCAAGUUAUGGAUAUGAUGGAUGUGUUGUUGGCAGCUUAUCGAGACAAAAACGCAGAGUAUAAGAUCACUAGGAAUCAUAUCAAGUCGUUUUUUGUGGACCUUUUCGUUGGGGGCACUGAUACCUCGGUCCAAACAACACAAUGGACUAUGGCUGAGAUCAUUAAUAACCCUAACAUUCUUCAGACACUGAGAAAAGAAAUCGAUUCAGUUGUAGGGAAAUCAAGGUUGAUUCACGAAACGGAUAUACCAAACCUUCCUUAUUUGCAAGCAGUGGUUAAGGAAGGACUAAGAUUGCAUCCUCCAGGGCCCCUCUUGAUAAGGACUUUUCAAGAAAGAUGUGAGAUGAAAGGGUUCUACAUACCGGAGAAGACAACACUCGUUAUCAACGCUUAUGCUGUGAUGAGAGAUCCCGACUCUUGGGAAGAUCCUGACGAGUUUAAGCCAGAGAGGUUUCUAAGUUAUUCAAGAUCAGGGCAAGAAGACGAGAAAGAGCAAACACUUAAGUACCUUUCUUUUGGUGGCGGAAGGAGAGGAUGUCCUGGAGUAAAUCUAGGUUAUAUAUUUGUUGGAACUGCAAUAGGAAUGAUGGUGCAGUGCUUUGACUGGAAAAUCGAAGGAGAUAAGGUCAACAUGGAAGAGACUUAUGGAGGAAUGAACCUAACCAUGGUUAACCCGCUUAAGUGCACUCCAGUUCCUCGAACCCAACCUUUUUCUUUUACUUCUAAUCUCGAGAUUCUUAGUUCCUGACACUCAGCUUGGGAACACAUAUGAAGUUUGUUUUCUUCUGUACUAUACAUAUUCAUCAAAGACGGUUAAUUACAUUUGGUGUCUUUAUGAUUUCCUGCCCUUUUCACAAAAUUUACGUACCUUUGUUCUUUCGUUUUAUAUGUCGUUGAUCAAAUUCUCUAGGUUGAUUGUUUCCCUAUCCGAAUCCAUUUCGUCCCUAGAGCUGCUUGGUUCUAGUAUCUGCUUUGUAUUGUUUUCAGGCUAAAGUUAGUGUCAACAAAAGCUGGAUUCCUCUGACGAGCUUGGUCGCUGCAAAAACGUUUUCAGGUGGCGUAGCUACUGAAUUAGUGAAUUCUCUCAGCCUUGCAAGCUCACAAGCCCCAAG